AUGAAAGCACUUAUUCUCGUUGGAGGUUUCGGUACCCGUCUUCGUCCCCUCACACUCACUUUACCAAAGCCCUUGGUUGAAUUCGCCAACAAGCCCAUGAUUCUGCAUCAGAUUGAAGGCCUUGCCAAGGCUGGCGUCAAAGAUAUUGUUCUCGCCGUCAACUAUCGCCCAGAAAUCAUGGUUGCUGCCCUCAAGCAAUAUGAAGAAGAGUUCGGUGUGACCAUCACCUUCUCUGUCGAGACCGAGCCUCUCGGUACCGCCGGACCUUUGGCUUUGGCACGCGACAUUUUGGGCAAGGACGACAGCCCAUUCUUUGUCUUGAACAGUGAUAUCAUUUGCGAUUAUCCAUUCGAGCAGCUUCGAGAUUUCCACAUUGCCCACGGCAACCAAGGCACCAUUGUGGUCACCAAAGUCGACGACCCUUCAAAGUAUGGUGUGAUUGUGAAUCAGCCUGACAGCACAAAAAUCGAACGCUUUGUUGAAAAGCCCAAAGAAUUCAUCAGCAACAAAAUCAAUGCUGGCAUCUACGUACUGAGCCCCAGCGUAUUGGAUCGCAUUGAGUUGAAACCAACCUCCAUCGAAAAGGAAGUGUUCCCCUACAUCGCCCAAGACGGCCAGUUGCACACAUUCGACUUGGAUGGCUUCUGGAUGGACGUUGGCCAGCCCAAGGACUUCUUGACCGGCACCUGCUUGUACCUCAGCCAUUUGGCAAAGAAGAAACCUCAAGAACUCGCUAACCCAACCUUGGACUAUGUGCACAAGGGUAAUGUGAUGGUCCACCCCAGCGCCAAGAUCGGCAAGGACUGCCGCAUCGGCCCUAACGUCGUCAUUGGCCCUAACGUCGUCAUUGGUGACGGUGUCCGUCUGCAGCGCUGUGUCGUCUUGCAGGGCGCCAAGGUCAAGGACUAUGCUUGGGUCCAGUCUAGCAUCAUCGGCUGGCACUCGUCCGUCGGUCGUUGGUCGCGAUUGGAAGGAUGUUCUGUGCUCGGUGACGACGUGACGAUCAACGAUGAGAUCUACGUGAACGGUGGCUCCAUCCUGCCUCACAAGGGCAUCUCGUCCAACAUCACUGAACCACAGAUUAUCAUGUAA